AUGGCGCACGCGCUGGAGCGCUGGUGGACGCGCGCCGAGGAGCUGGAGCUGCUGCGGCCCAGUGACAAGGCUCAUUUGGAGGCGGUGAUGGCUAUCCUCGCUAUGCGGAGCUGCGCAGCCGCACGCACCGAGACGCACAUGCCGGACGGCUCCAUCGACAUCACCGACUUCUCCGCCGGCCGCAGCCUUGGGCUGCAGCAAGCGGCGCCGGAGGCUGCGGACAGGAGGGCGGAGGAGGAGAAGGCGAGGCGGCGCGCAAAGGCGGCGGAGGCAACGGCGGCCAAGAAGGAGGCCAAGGCGAAGAACAAUAAGGCCAAGAAGGCGCCGUCUGCUUUCGCGCUCGAGGAGGAGCGGAGGGCGAAGGCUGCGGCAGAGGUUCGCGCACAGGAGGAGAAGGCGGCGCAGCUGGCUGCUGAGCAGGAGGCGGCGAGGCGGGCGGAGCGGGAGGCGGCAGAGCUAGCGGGUGCGGCAGAGCGGGCGGCGCUGCGCGAGGAUGCGGAGCUGGCAGAGGCGCUGCGCCGGUCAGAGGUGGAUGCGGAGGAGGCGCUGGCGCGUCGGGUGUCGCGGUGCGAGGAGGCGGUGAGCAGCGAGUCGACCGGCGGCGGCGGGGACUUGGUGCGGCGUGUCGAGCGGCUGGAGGCGAGCCUUGGCGCGGCGACCGAGGGCAGCCUCGAGGAGCGGGUCGGCGCCAUCGAGCGCUUGAUCGGGCCAGAGGCGGGAGAGGCGGCGGAGCAGCAUCUGCCAGUCACCGAGCCGAUUGCUGCCGUCUCACUAGCCGACGCCUGCCUCGACACGGGGCGGCCGGCUGCCCCCGAGUCCACGAUGGGGGGAGAGACCACGUGCAUCGUGUGUUUCGCGAGAGUCAAGUCGCAUGCGGCGGUUCCGUGCGGGCACUUGUGUGCUUGCGGGCCAUGCUCUGAGCUGAUGCGAAUUUGUCCUUACUGCCGCGAGCCAGUGAUGAUGUGGAUGGUUCCGCGUCCGGUCUAG